AUGGAUUAUAAAGAUAUUAAGAAAAUUGAUGUUUCAGAUACAUUUUCUUGGAAUGAUGGGGACACUUUUGGUUGUGGAAUUGUAUAUCCACCAACUAUUAAAAGUGACAAAUUGCCUUAUCUUUUUUUCACUCAAAAUGGGAAGCAAAUUGGUAAAGCAUUGUUGUUGACGGAAAGUCAAAAUUCUGCAAAAUAUGAGCCAAUUGUUUUGUUGAAGUAUUCUUCUGCGGAAACUAACUUUGGAAAGAACUUGAAGGCUAAACCAUUUAUUUAUGAUAUUUAA